GCGUUACCUAGCCUCCUUUCCAGAGGCCUUGUGCUAAACCAGGAAGUGACUUGUUUCUGCUCCUCUGCUGUGUAAAGAUGGAUGAGCUAACUAGAAGCGAGUCCCGUCAAAAAACAUUCACAUGCCAGUUGUGUGGUUUAAGCAGCCCUUUUACUUACUACGGCCAGAAACCACCAAACACCAGAGCCAUUGUGCUGCUGGAGGAGUGUUUUGUGACUCAGGACCCCUUCAGUCCGGACAGGGAGAAGUUUCUAGUGUUGGGUUCAACCUGCAGCCUGUGCAACACGUGUGUCUGCGUUGGAUCAGACUGCGGUCUUUUCUACACCAAGAGGUUCUGCAUGCAGUGUGUGAACAAGCACUUGGACCAGUUCCCCCAUCAGAUUCGGGCCGAGCUGGCCAAGAAGAAGCCGAGCUCCAAGGCCGUCGUUUCGUGACGUCGGACAAGACGAAGUCCAUCACAUGCUCACUGUUUGAAUGGUCAUUUAAUGUGGGAUUUUGGAAGAAUUAUUGAUCAAUUUUAUUAAUUCUUAACUGGUAAAAAUUGUCAAAUUUAGCACCAAAUCUGAAUGGUACCAACCGAAAAAUUGCUGCAACAACUUACGAGACAUAAUAGAGAAUGGGAUUGACCAUCAUAUACUUCUAUCAUAAUGUUCUAAACCCUUAUACACAAUUUAUUUUAAAUAAUUAAUUCAUAUUUACUUUUGAUUCAUAACUAGAACAACUUGACCCACAGUGCUGCGUCUCAAAUUAAUCUUCAGGUUCCCGGAUUUCAGAUGAUGUACACCACUUCUAUGUGACAUCUACUGUUGACCUGCUAUCACCCCCUAAACACACCACCAAAAAAAGAGUCCUAAAUGUGUCAAGGUACUAUACCAGCACUCUUUUAUCAAACCCACACUGGUCCAAACUGCAAAAAAAAAAACACACAAAGAAUCAAAACAUCCUGUAAUUUAUUAGCACCGCUUCUAUUUUGGUGGGAAAUUAACAACACACAUCACUAAAAAUACUAGCUCAUACUUGUUUCCAGUAACGUUUCGCUGCUGUAUUAGCCUUCAGGGUGUUUAUUUAUUUAUUUAUUUAUUUGUUUCUAGAGAGUUUUAUAGAAGCAAGCAACGGAUGUGAUUAGUGCUGCCGGACCCCUGAUGGAAUAUGGUUGCAGGCGCAGAAUCAGUCCUGCUGGUUUGCAGCAAUUAAAAUUCAGCGACUAUUCUGGGCUUCUUACAAACCGCUUAACACUAUUAAUAUAACUAUGUAUGACUCAAAAGAAGAUGUGGAAGUACAUAGCAUUUGUCAAGACCAGCUGCUGGGCAGAUUAAAAAACAGAUUCAUGUCUCCACUGCUCUUGCAAUGUAAAGAAAUGAAUAAGUUGUGUACAAUUUAUUUUUGUAGUUGAUGAAUUAUGCCUGUUGUGCAAUGUUUUAAUGUACCCUUUUUUUUAUAAGAAAAUCCAUUUUUUAUUACUUUUCAGCAACAUAUGGUAACAUUAACAUUUAUGAGUAAUUAUCUCUAACUAUAGACACAUUUGUGCUGACAUGACUCAUCCUUUUUACGAGUGCAUCACUGUUAUCCCUCAUCUCUGCGUCCUUGGUCAGAGGCUGCACUGUCGACUUCUGUGGAGUCCAAAAAGAAUUCUGUGUUAUCUUAAAACUAUAAACGGAUACAUACAGUGA